AUGUACAACGGAAUUGGGCUGCAGACAGCGCGUGGGAGUGGCACUAAUGGGUAUGUGCAGAGGAAUUUAUCGAGUGUGCGCCCGAAGGAUCCGCGUCCCACGACCACCCAGUCCGCACCACCGAAACGGCUCGAGCCGGAUGAAGCAAUUCUUGCGCACGACCGCAAACGAAAAAUAGAGAUUGAGUGCAUUGCACUGGAGGAUGAACUGGAAGAGCAGGGCGUUCCUGAGGCAAAGAUUGAGGAGCGCGUCGCCGCACUGCGCGCCCGAUUGCUGCACGAGCACGCGGAUACCAAGUCAAAGUUUACACGCACAUCUUAUGCAGAGACACGCAACAUGCGCCCUUCAGAUACCCAUGCAUUGGGUGCGGCCAAGCUGGCAGAGACUCGCAAUAUGCAGCGCGCGCUGCAUGUCCGUGCAGAAUAUCAGGAGGGCGAGGCGUUUGACGCUGAGAUCCAGGAGCGGCGUAAGUCCGAGCAAUUUAAUGAGCGUGCUCGGCGGCAGGAGGACGCACGCCAGCGCUGGUCCGCACGGAGAGACGAUGCAACCGACCGCGGCUGGAAUAGCCACCGUGAUCGAGGAUGGGAAUCCCUCCGGGGUGAGGAGCGGACACACGUGGGACACACACGUGCAAAUGCCCAUACCUUGCGCGCGCGCUCUUCCUCGCCGACCACGCACGCGCACGCGCCAUCGCCAGCCCAUCCCGCACGCUCGCCCACGCCUUUUGGCGCCCGCACGCCGCCCACGCCGCCUCGCGCAGUGUAG